AUGUUGCUCUUGGAAUUGGAAAAUACCAUAGAUGAUGGUGAAUACAAGCCGUUCAUUAAUGACCAGGGGAUAAACUAUGUCUUUAUCAACCACAACAACUUGUACAUUUGCGCCUUAACACGUAAAAAUGAAAAUGUCAUGACGGUGAUCAUUUUCCUAUCCAAGCUAGUCGAAGUAAUGACCCAAUAUUUCAAGUCGCUAGAAGAAGAAAGUAUAAGAGACAAUUUCGUUAUAAUUUACGAACUAUUGGACGAAAUGAUGGAUUUCGGUAUCGUUCAAACUACUGAUUUCAAAAUAUUAAAAGAGUACAUCACUCAAGAUUACUACUCCUUGAUAAAGAGCACACCAACGCACCUUGUUGCACCGCCUAAUGCUUUGACAAAUGCAGUCAGCUGGAGAAAAGACGGUAUCACAUACAAAAAGAAUGAAGCGUUUUUGGAUGUCGUUGAAAGUAUAAACAUGUUGAUCACUGCAAAUGGACAAGUCUUGAACAGCGAAAUCUUGGGCGAAGUCAAUAUCAAGAGUCAUUUAAGCGGAAUGCCGGAUUUAAGAUUGGGCUUGAAUGAUAAGGGGAUUUUUACCGGCAACAAUAACGACUCUUCCUUGGACAACAAUGGUAAAAAUAUCGAAAUGGAAGAUAUCAAAUUCCAUCAAUGUGUUCGCUUAUCAAAAUUUGAAAAUGAAAAAAUAAUUACGUUUAUCCCACCAGAUGGGGAAUUUACACUAAUGUCAUAUAGACUAUCCCUGGCACAGUUUUUACAAAAACCAUUGAUCUUGGUCCAGUGCAAGACAAAGGUUCACAAGCAUUCACGAAUUGAAAUUCAGUGUACUGUAAAAGCACAAAUCAAGAAAAAAUCAACAGCAAAUAACGUCGAAGUAAUAAUACCAAUCCCGGAAGAUGCAGAUAGCCCCAAAACAGAAGCAGAGUAUGGUUCAAUCAAAUGGAUUCCCGAAAAAUCUUGCUUAGUAUGGAAAUUGAAAACUUUCCCCGGAGGUAAGCUGUUUUCAAUGAGAGCAGAAUUGGGAUUACCCGCAGUAAUGGACGAAUCAGCCGAAAGUGCAUUGAACAAAAAGCCAAUCAAGGUUAAUUUCAGCAUACCUUAUUUCACCACUAGUGGUAUCCAAGUGAGAUAUUUGCGGAUCAAUGAGCCUAAAUUGCAAUACCAAUCAUACCCUUGGGUCAGAUACAUUACAAAAUCAGGAAAAGAUUAUAUAAUUCGGACUAGAUGA